AGCAACCGCCUCAGCAACGCCAUCGUCCGUUACAGCGGGGCGACAGGAGCGGCGGAACCGCCAGCGCUCAGUGUUGUUAUUUUCGCGAAAAGAACCGAAUCAACGAGGAAAACCGGCACCAGAUAAAGCGCGGAGACACCCGUCUGCUCAUGAGCCAGCGCCGAUGCUCCUGUAGGUGUGAGAAGCGGCUCAGACGGCUCCUCGCUGUGGCCUGGUUUUGAACGGAGCCAAUCAUAGAUGUUUUUACUCCAGCUGUAAUUGAAUGGAAUGCAAAUACUCCAGUGUGGUACCCCAGUGCUCCCUGUGAAUAUAGAUAAUGGGCUGUGUACAAUGUAAGGACAAAGAGGCAACCAAACUCACAGAUGACAGAGAGACUAGUAUCUCACAGCACACUGGGUACCGCUAUGGGGCCGAUCCCACUCCUCAGCACUACCCCAGCUUCGGAGUCACCGCCAUCCCCAACUACAACAACUUCCACGCACCUGUCAGUCAAGGGGUCACGGUGUUCGGGGGAGUCAACUCAUCCUCACACUCUGGAACUCUACGCUCUCGGGGUGGAACAGGAGUUACACUGUUUGUAGCACUUUAUGAUUAUGAGGCAAGGACAGAGGACGACCUCAGUUUCAGGAAAGGAGAAAAAUUCCAAAUUCUCAAUAGCACGGAAGGAGACUGGUGGGAGGCGCGCUCUCUCACUACAGGUGGAACAGGAUAUAUACCCAGUAAUUACGUGGCUCCAGUAGAUUCCAUUCAGGCGGAAGAUUGGUACUUUGGGAAACUAGGCCGUAAGGAUGCAGAGAGGCAGCUGCUGUCUAAUGGAAACCCUAGGGGCACUUUUCUCAUCAGGGAGAGUGAAACCACUAAAGGCGCGUACUCCCUGUCCAUACAGGACUGGGACGACAUUAAAGGAGAUCAUGUGAAACACUACAAGAUCCGUAAGCUUGACAAUGGAGGCUACUACAUCACUACCAGAGCACAGUUUGAGACGCUGCAGCAGCUUGUGCAGCAUUAUUCUGCGAGGGCUGCGGGGCUGUGUUGUCGUUUAAUAGUCCCCUGCCACAAAGGCAUGCCUCGCCUCGCUGAUCUGUCUGUCAAAACCAAAGACGUGUGGGAAAUCCCACGGGAGUCGCUUCAGCUUAUCAAGCGCUUGGGGAAUGGACAGUUCGGAGAGGUCUGGAUGGGCACUUGGAAUGGCACCACUAAAGUGGCAGUGAAGACCUUGAAGCCAGGCACAAUGUCCCCAGAGUCUUUCCUGGAGGAGGCACAGAUUAUGAAGAAACUGAGACACGACAAGUUAGUGCAGCUUUAUGCUGUGGUCUCUGAAGAACCCAUCUACAUCGUCACAGAAUACAUGGGCAAGGGGAGUUUGCUGGACUUUUUGAAAGAUGGCGAAGGACGAGGCCUUAAAUUGCCAAACCUAGUGGACAUGGCAGCUCAGGUUGCCGCAGGCAUGGCUUACAUCGAAAGGAUGAACUACAUCCACAGAGAUCUGAGAUCGGCGAACAUCCUCGUGGGUGACAGCUUAGUAUGCAAGAUCGCAGACUUUGGACUGGCCAGGCUGAUAGAAGACAAUGAAUAUACAGCUCGACAAGGUGCAAAGUUCCCCAUCAAGUGGACGGCACCAGAAGCUGCGCUCUACGGACGGUUUACCAUUAAGUCGGAUGUGUGGUCAUUCGGAAUACUGCUCACAGAACUGGUGACCAAAGGACGCGUGCCCUAUCCAGGGAUGAACAACAGGGAGGUGCUUGAGCAGGUGGAGCGUGGCUACAGGAUGCCAUGCCCCCAGGACUGCCCCAUCUCCCUGCAUGAGCUCAUGCUGCAGUGCUGGAAGAGAGACCCUGAGGAGCGGCCCACCUUUGAGUACCUGCAGGCGUUCCUGGAGGACUACUUCACUGCCACUGAGCCACAGUACCAACCGGGAGACAACCUCUAAACGGCGAGAGCCCCCAGGACAGCAGGAGGACGGAUCUGCCACAACAGACUAAGACUGCCCUACACAAGGACGUUGCCACUGAUACGAUGCACGUACGAUGACAAAGCUUCCAGAUUUCUUGCCAUCUCGAUCCAGUAUUUCGACACAUUACAUCUUCCACCGAACGGACACGUCACAUUACAUGUAUCAGUAAAGCCAAAUAGUGUUUUCGGGGGCCCCAGUGGUCUUCGGUGGGCUGUGUUGUACGUGACAAAGAAUCAUGAGUAAGGAUGAAACGGCCUGUUUGUAUGUAGUGUAAAUAUGAUCGACGUGUUUACUGACCCCCGUUUUAGGCUUUAUUACUUUUUAUAAUGCUGGUUUUGGUUUUUGUUUUCCGUUCUUCUCCAGAAGAAAGGCGUUAGCUCAGAGAAAAAAGCAUGACUCGAGGCCAGAACGAAACCUGUUUUAACAAUUGUAAUGAUUCUGGAAAUCAUUUCUAUUUAACUUCGGUAUUCCGGACGAAUAUUGAUCAGCCUCUUUUAAAAACUACUGGGACUGUGUCAGUUAUGUACUCCAGUAACUACAUUCCCUCUUUCUUUAUGUUAAGAACUGCAGCGCGUAGAUAGAGCUUUCCUAACGCUGAGCAUCACGCCCCUCCGCCGAGGGGAGGCGAUGCGUCCACUGGCUUCGGUGACUCUGCUGGGCCUUAUUAUUUGCUCCUGCUUUUAGCAAAAGCUCAGUGUCUCCAUUUUGUUUUUCUUGCUACUUAAAAAUGAGUGCAUUUUCUAUUUAGUCACUUUGGAUUAAUGAUAGAAUUAAUUAUGCAUCGAUAUAGUAAUCAGGCUGUGUGGGCAUUAUGCUUGACUAUACCUGCAUCUCUCUCUCUCUCUAGCAAAGAAUAAAAUAAAUGGCUAACAUCAUUACUGUUGUAAGAGGUAUAAAACAAAAAGGAAAAAAAAAAGCAAACAUUUAAAUGCAUUGUAACAUGCGUUAUGAAAUAACUAAGUAAAGGAGGAAAAAGGUUUAAAAAACGUCACUUAACAU